GAACGAUGUUUAGUGAUAGGCGGUUGCGGAUUUUUAGGUCGACAUUUGUUGGAGAAAUUACUAGAGAGAGGAUACGAGGUCCAGGCUUUUGAUGUGAGAAAAUCAUUCGAUGACGACAGAAUUAAAGUCUUUGUUGGUGAUUUGUGUAAAAAGGAGGAACUGUUACCAGCGUUACAAGAUGUAGAUAUCGUAUUUCACUGUGCCACCCCGGCUCCCCUCAGUAAUAAUAAAGCUUUGUUUUAUAAAGUAAACUAUGAGGGCACCAAGACUAUUAUUCUGGCUUGUAAAGAGAUGAAAAUUAAGAAGUUUGUAUUAACGAGCAGUGCUAGCGUGGUGUAUGAAGGGAAAGAUAUAUUAAAUGGGAAAGAAGAUCUACCCUACGCUAAAAAUCCCAUUGACUAUUAUACAGAGACUAAGAUAUUACAGGAAAAGGUUGUUUUGGGGGCAAAUGAUGAUAAUUUCCAUUCAGUGGCUGUUCGACCUCAUGGUAUUUUUGGACCACGUGAUCCUCACAUGAUUCCGACGUCAGUAGAAAUGGCGCGAAAAGGAAAAACUAAAUUUAUUAUUGGGCAAAAUAUAGUAGAUUUCACCUUUGUAGAGAAUGUUGUACAUGGUCAUAUUCUGGCUGCAGAGAGUUUACACCGAGACUCAGUCGUCUGUGGCAAGGCUUACCAUAUCACAAACGACGAACCAAUCUACUUCUGGACCUUCAUGACAAAAUUACUGACGUCAUUUGGUUACGACGCGCCAAAAUACAAUUUACCAUAUUCCUUAGUGUACUUCAUCGCCUUGUUGCUCCAGUUCGUCUGCUGGAUUCUUAGUCCUUUAGUUGAAAUUAAACCGACCUUUACACCAAUGAAAGUGGCCCUGGCCGGAACGCACCAUUAUUACGAUUGUAGCCGGGCCAAACGAGAUUUAAAAUACAAACCGUUAGUCAGUCUGGAUGACGCUAUAGAACGUGCUGUAAAAAGUUACCCUGAGAUGAGGAAAGAUGCUAAACCAACUUGA